AUGUCUGUGUGCAGUGACGACGGUCCCACUGAUCCAGACCCCGAACGGAGACAACUGUCCACCGAGGGCGAGCGAGCACCAGCUUCCUGUACUGCAAGGGCCAUCAUCACUGCAGAGGUCCUAAAAAGACAAGGAGAUUUGAAAGACGGAGACGGAGAUUUGUUGUUUACUGGUGGCAGUGGUGACCUCACUUGA